CUCGCCGACAAGUGGCGGAAUCCUUGACUCCGAAACGCGAACGUUGCUUUUUAUCGAUUCACAAAUAUCCCCUCCUUGUGGACGUUAUUUUCUCUCUUUUUAACCCUACGGCCUCCAUCAUAAUAUCAAUUGCCCUCUUGUCCUCGAGGGAAUUGCCUCCGGCCGGUUCAGCACCUAGACCAAAGGAGUUGCUCUUCGAGUUACAUUACCAGCCAUCCCACGACGAAGGGAAUCAAUCUUCGUCUGCCCCUCCCAUUCUGUCGCUCAAUUAACACCUGUCUUCCCCAUUAUCGCCCCUACGCACAACCAUUCGUCCACAGUCACAAUGUCUUUCUCCAGCCUUGUGCAAGAUCUCAGCCUUCGCGAUUCCGCUUCCUCGCGCAGACCCCGUGGCAUCGCCUCGGCGUCGACCAUCGACGACCGCGCGUCGCAGGUGUCCCGCGCCAUGUCCUACACCAGCACGGCCGCGACGAGCGUGAGCAUCUCGGGCGAUAUCUCCAGCCAGUUGCAUGGUGGCUACUUCCACCCACUGGCUCGGUCGUGGCAAGCCGAGCGCCAAUUGACAAAGUCUAUGCUGAUUUACCCUCUUUUCAUUUCCGACAAUGACGACGACGAAACCCUCAUCCCCUCCCUCCCUGGCCAGUAUCGCCGGGGCCUGAACAAGCUCUUGCCGUUCCUUCAAACCCUGGUCAGCAAGGGCCUGCGGUCCGUCAUGCUCUUCGGGGUCCCGCUCCAACCUGGCACCAAGGAUGCGCUCGGCACCGCCGCCGACGACCCGGACGGCCCCGUCAUCCGGGCCAUCCGCCUGCUUCAACAACGUUUCCCCCAACUCUUCAUCUGCGCCGACGUCUGCCUCUGCGAGUACACCUCCCACGGCCACUGCGGCAUCCUCCGCGAGGACGGCAGCCUGAACAACGGGCUGUCGAUCGACCGCAUCUCGGACGUGGCCAUCGCCUACGCCCGCGCGGGGGCCCACUGCGUGGCGCCGUCGGACAUGAACGACGGCCGCAUCCGGGCCAUCAAGCUCAAGCUCAUCGAAGAGGGCAUGGCCCACAACACGACCCUCAUGUCCUACGCCGCCAAGUUCUCGGGCUGCCUCUACGGGCCCUUCCGGGACGCCGCCGGCUCGGCGCCCUCGUUCGGCGACCGCAAGUGCUACCAGCUCCCGCCCGGCGGCCGGGGCCUCGCGCGCCGGGCCAUCGUGCGGGAUAUGAACGAGGGGGCCGACAUCAUCAUGGUCAAGCCGGCCGGCCAGUACCUGGACAUCAUCAGCGAUGCCAAGGAGCUGGGCCGGGAUCUCCCCGUGGCGGCGUACCAGGUCAGCGGCGAGUUCGCCAUGAUCCAUGCGGGUGCCAAGGCCGGCGUUUUCGAUCUCCAAUCCAUGGCGUUCGAGUCGACCGAGAGCAUCCUCAGGGCGGGAGCGACGAUUGUGAUCUCUUACUUUACGCCUGAAUUUUUGGAUUGGCUUUCUACUUGAGCUCUGAGCUCUGAGCGACUGAGCCACGAGGACACGAGAAGGGAUUUUUAAGACGGAAAUUGCGUAUGUAGACAGGCGUUCUUGGGGGCCGGGAGUACACAGAGCUAAAGGUUUACGGGCAUAUUGAUUAUGAUAAUGCAUCUGGGGGCUGGGGUCCUUAGCUCGCCUUGUCUUCCUUCGGACUUCUAUGAGGUACAUGAUUGCCGUAAUGCGAUGCAUGGCUAAGGUAGUUCAGCGUAAGGCACCUUAUGUAGGCACUCGCGGACUCGUACCCGUAUAUUCGUACAUAAGGUAUUUAAGAACACAACCCCCACCC